AUGCUCCCAAUCGAGACUGGCUCCGAGCUCCGUACGGCCACGCUGCGCCCAUCGGCUGACGCAGAGCCAGCAACGUGGGUCCCCUCUCGUGCGUCCCCGGAUCCAAACGUGGAUUCAAGGGAGAGUCCGGAGAAGCAGGGUGACCAAGCCGAGCGCCCGGCUCCCGGCUCCCAAGACAACCGGCCACCACGGGGCCCAGACAACGGCGUGGCCGACGAGAGUAUGCUUGAGCUCUCCUUCCCAAGAAAGCUCUGGAGGAUGGUGGGGGAUCCCGCCUGCGCCUCUGCGCGCUGGAACGACGAGGGAGACACGGUGGUCAUCGAGGCAGACCUCUGCCAGACGGAGGUUCUUCACCGCAGAGGCGCAGACAAGAUUUCCAAAACAGACAGCUUGACGUCUUUCGUCCGCCAACUGAACCUGCACGGAUUCAGCAAGAUAUGCCUGACCAGCCGCUCUCCAGGGGAGAAGAGGCUGAUGAUCUACCGCCACUCCAACUUUCAGAGAGACAAGCCUCUGCUCAUCGAGAACAUUCAGAGAAAAGUCAACCCCUACCGCGCCGGAAGGGACGGCGCCAGGGAACUGCCCGCCAGCCCCACGGUUUCCUCAGCUUAUGACUUGGAGGUGUGUCUGUACUAG